AGCAUGGCUGACAUCAUCAGUGUGUUGUGAGAGGGAAAGUAGACGAAAAUCUUGAUUUGGAGAGUAUUUAUGUUUACCUACUCUCUGGUCGAGCUGCUGCUUUCUCUUAAACUUGGGGUGAUGUCCCAGUGCUGGUGCAGGCAGGUCCUGCUCGGUGUAGAACUGGGAAUGCUGGUGGCGGUCCUGGUGGCCGGCAGCGCAGGACAGGUCCAUGACAGGAGGGAGGCAGGGUCGUCCUGCUACGGAGGAUUUGACCUCUACUUUGUUUUGGACAAGUCUGGCAGUGUGCAACAUUACUGGAAUGAGAUAUAUUACUUUGUUGACCACCUGGCUCACAAGUUUAUCAGUCCUCAGCUGCGGAUGUCUUUUAUUGUAUUUUCAACAGAAGGACGGACUCUCAUGGCACUAACAGAAGACAGAGAGCAGAUUCGGGCCGGCCUGGAGGAGCUGAGCAUGGUGCAGCCAGGUGGAGACACCUUCAUGCACAGGGGUUUUCAAAGAGCCAGCGAGCAAAUAUACUACGGGACUGGAGAUGGUUACCGGACAGCAAGUGUUAUCAUAGCCCUGACGGACGGCGAACUGAGAGAAAAUCAGUUUGACCUGGCACAGAGAGAGGCCAGCAGAGCACGGCAGUUGGGCGCCACUGUGUACUGUGUAGGAGUAAAAGACUUCAAUGAAACUCAGCUUUCAACAAUAGCUGACAGUAAGGACCAUGUGUUCCCUGUGAAUGAUGGAUUUCAGGCGCUGCAAGGGGUCAUUGACUCGAUCCUGAAGAGAUCAUGCAUUGAGAUCCUGGCUGUAGAGCCUUCCAGCAUCUGUGAAGGAGAAUCCUUCCAGGUGGUAGUCAAGGGAAACGGUUUCCUUCAUGCCCGAGACGUACAGAAAGUUCUUUGCAGCUUUCGCAUCAAUGACACCGUUACUUUGAUGAAAAGGCCGUUGGUGGUGAAAGAUACCUACCUUUUGUGCCCAGCUCCUGUUCUGGAAAAAAAGGGAACAUCUGCCACUCUCCACGUCAGCAUGAAUAAUGGCCUAAGCUUUAUAUCAAGCUCUGUCACGAUUACUGCAGUCACUUGUUCUGAUGGGACCUUUGUGGCCAUAGCUCUGCUCAUCCUGCUGCUCCUGCUCACCAUCACUCUGCUCUGGUGGUUCUGGCCUCUCUGCUGCACCGUGGUCAUUCAUGAGCCACCUCCUCCAGUCAUAGAGGACAUCUCAGAUGAUGAGGAUGGUUUUCCCAAGAAGAGGUGGCCCACCGUGGAUGCCUCAUACUACGGAGGACGUGGAGUAGGAGGCAUCAAGAGAAUGGAGGUCCGAUGGGGAGAUAAAGGCUCAACUGAAGAAGGAGCCAAACUGGAAAAAGCUAAAAACGCACGAGUUGUGAUGCCCGCAGAGGAGUUUGAUCCACCACGGUCCUACUACACCAUUCACAAAUCUAUCCGCCCCCAGAAGUGGUACUCUCCCAUCAAGGGCAAGUUGGAUGCUUUGUGUGUAUUCCUGAGAAAAGGUUAUGACCGAGUGUCCGUGAUGCGACCUCAUCCUGGAGACAAGGGCAGGUGCAUAACCUUCACCCGAAGCACACACCCUUCUCCUCGCUAUCCCAUCUACAACCAUCCCUCUACGCCCGUCUACACUUUGCCCCACAGCUACCAGCGACGACUGUCAGAUGACAGCCACCUCUUCCAUUUGCCCCCUUCGCCAACUUCAACGCUCCCCCCUCUUCCGUCCACUCCUCCCCCGUCCUCCGCCGCUCCUCCCAUGUACACACCACCUCCAAACAGAGUCCUGCCCCCAGCUAACAUGAGCCCAGUCUCUGCACCCCCGUCUCCAACUGGCUCCCUGCCGCCCCCACCUCUGGGUCCACCCCCAUGUAGAGCGCCUCCUCCUUCACGCCCUCCUCCACGCCCCAGUCAUGAGAACCAAUGAUGAAGACGAUUAAGAACUAAAACAAAGUUGAGGAGGAGGAUCCAAGCUCAGGAUGUAGACCUGAAAAGACCUUCUCACUGUGCCCCUGUUUAAUUAAGUCCAAACAGAACUGAAAUAAGUGUAUAAUGCUGGUGAUUAAACACCUGCACAGUGAAAACUUUAAACAAUUAAGUCUGUGUUCCUCAACAAUUGGCUCACGCAUGAUGUGCCAUGACCUGUGGCUUUUUUAUUUGUCUAGAAAGUGAAUAUUUAGUGUAGCACGCACAGCUUUGGUUAUUAAAAGCUACUGGAGCUAAGCAAUUUAUUGACUUUUUUGAGAACAUUCUUCCGAAUAUCAAAUCAGACAAAUUGGUCAAGCUUUGCAAUGUUCCAUGGAGUGGUAAAAACUUGCAUUUUAGCCUUUGCCUUAUGUAAAUCUUUUGAU